AUGGUUGCUUUGGUUUCUCAAGAAAAUGUCGUCACAUUGGUUUCUCGUACCGGUCGAGAGUUGCAGCGUUAUAGAAAAGGUCGCCGUCAAGUUGUUGGAUGUAUACCUUAUAGAUUCAAGAUUGGUGAGAAAAAAUCUUUGGAUAUUUUGGAUGAAUUGGAAGUGCUUGUCAUAAGUUCUCAAAAAGGCAAAGGGAUGCUAUUUCCAAAGGGAGGUUGGGAAUUAGAUGAAUCUCAGAAGGAAGCAGCUAAGAGAGAAACCAUGGAGGAAGCCGGUGUAAAAGGCAUUGUUGAAGGUAAAUUAGGUAAAUGGAGUUUCAAGAGUAAAACAUACGACACUUUAUACGAUGGUUACAUGUUUCCUUUACUUGUUAAAGAACAAAUGGAGUUUUGGCCGGAACAAAAUCUUCGUCAAAGAACAUGGAUGAGUAUAACUGAGGCUAGAGAGGUUUGUCAACACUGGUGGAUGAAAGAGGCUUUGGACAGAUUAGUAAACCGUCUUUUGGGUCAAAAACUUGUUCGUGAAAAUCUUCGUCCUAUGAAUUGCAUUGGAGAUGCCAAAUCUGACUUGUUAAUAGUGUAA